GAGCAAAAGUUAUCAGUAUCCUUUCGAGCACAGCCAGUUCAGUUAUCAAUCUCCGACGGUCGGGAGCGGUUGGUCAGAUUCACCGAGGUAAUCCAUAGCGGGUCCGUUACCGUCAGCUACACCGUAUUAAAGUAUAAGAGGAGGAUGUUCCUACCCCGAAUAGUGACAUCACAGUGAGGUGAAAUAAAAAAAUAAGAUAUGCAACAUUAAAGGAAAUCGUUACAUUUCUGCCUGACAUGUUCUAGUGCUGAAAGGUUUGUGUGUUGAUGUGUGUGUCUUAAUCAACAUCUAUUGUCGCCACGUCUAGGCACCGAGUGAAAAUUGAUUCCAGCAGCUCCACGCAUCAACAAUCCCCGGGGGUGAUUUAUCGCUAUUAAUAGGCGUAAUGCUGCGAGCUUUAUAUUCACCCCUGCUAAGCACGAGGCGAAAUACUGAAUGGAGAAGAAUAGCGAGAAAGCACAGCAAGAUUGUGAAAUGUUAGUGAAGGUUUUACGCUGAGUGAAAAAAAAAUUUGCGGGCUUUACAUUCUGUCAUGGUUUAGUUUAAAUGUAAAAAAAAUAUAAAAAAAAUUAAUUGUAAAAGUUCUUGCUUGCUUGAGCUGCGAAAAGCGCAUCACUCAAGGAUCGCACUACUCUCAUCAAAGGAGGCUGUGUCAAGGUGGUAAAAAAGUGGAAAAUACACAAAGCUCGUGCUUAACGAGUAAGAUCGUGGUUAUCGGUGGAAAAGUUUCGAAAGUUUUUAUUAGUCUUAACGGUGUUUCUUAUUGCCAGGUGAAAUGUAUCCAUGUGCCCGCUUAGCCAUUCGUGCUGGGCGUGUGUGUCGUGCGAGUGUAAGAUCGUUCUUAGUAAAUUGAAUAAACAGUGUUUACGAAAGCUGUAAAACGUAAUAUAAAAAGCAUGCGCUACGUUAUCGUUUUGAGAAAGCUCUCUAAGUGAAAUGAAACACAGUGCAAAACGAGUAAAUUUUAAUUAGCAUCGGAGAAGUGAUAAAUCAUCUCGGGCUGGAUUAGGCGCUUUCCCGCCGUGCGGUUCGGGGUGAAUGACAGUACGCGCUCGAAUGUGCCGACCGUGUCCGUUGCGUUUCCGGCGGCGGUGGUGCUGCUAAGAGAGUAGAGGGUGGGUGGGUACACGAAUUAGCGUGACAGAAACUCCGGCGCCACCUUGGCCUUGGCUAUGCUAUGCACGCUCGUGGCGGUUCGCAAUGGCAGAGCCGCCGCAAAGCAUCGCUCGGACCGCUCCGGCGGGCCCAUCCCGCAUCCGGCGCGACCUGGAACGUUCAGGUGGUGCGGGGGAAAAUGACUUCCCGCUGCCUGUGGCAUGCCUGUCGCGCCCUCGUCCUCGGGAUGGUGCUUAUGUUCGUUGGCGGUGCAAUGGCCACCGUAGGAUACUACGCAAACAACUUUCCUUCGCUGUCGGACGUGCGAAGCAACAACACGUCGUCGAUACGCGUUAAAAACGAGCACCGAGGAUUACACCUGAACAAUCUAUCCUACGUCGGUCCCAUCAUCAUGGGCGUUGGCGGUUUCAUCGUGGUGGCUUCGUGCGUGAUGACAUUCGAAGCCCGAGACUCAGCGGCCAAGGUGGUCCCAGCCCGGUUCAAGCUGAACGCUCAGGGAUCCGCCCGAAAUCCUAGCCGCAACAAUAACUCGCGACGUUCCACAGGUGUCUCGAAUGGUCCAACAGCAAUCAUGGGACCGCAGACUGCCCGCUGGGAACAGCACUUGGGCGUCUUUCGAACUUCGCCCGCCACGGAGCAGGUCCCGGACCGCAAAGCACUCACGGCAGCUCUUGUACACUUCUCCAAAGCCUUAGGGACACCGAAAACGUCACCCCAUCGGCGGCCGAGCGAAAGCCAAAGCCGGCGUGUGUCACGAAGCGGUUCGGUGCCCAAUUUGUACGCCGAAAAGCUGAACGUUCCACUGCUCGCCUCCGGCUCGCCCGCCAACAUCCGGUCCGAGGCGGGUGGCCACCAUCGGCAUCAACGGGGAUCGCGCGUCAGCAGUAUGGUACAGCGGUCGACGCGGGACCCCAUUGGCAGUGGGUUGCUGCAUCCAGGGAUGCUUCAGUUUCACCGACACGCCCUCUCGGUGGACGAACCGGAACCGCUGGCCAGGACACUCAAUCAAGCCGGCUCGCACGGUUCGGUACAGUACGGGUACGGGGGCGAGAUCGUACCCGUGCACAAGCUGCGAGAUCGUAACAAACGCUCGGAUACGGCUCGCCGGCACGUCCUCUCGCGCCAGACCAAAAUCGAAAAGGACGAAUCGCUCGGCAGCCCCAAACACGGCCACAUCAGCCGACGUGCCUCCACCAUCUCCAAUACGUCCGUCUCCUCCAAGCUGAACCGGGGUAGCCGACGUGCCUCCACCAUCUCCAAAACGCCAAGCGUCGAUUCGCGCGGGGCAGCAUCCACGAUCGAAAUCAACAGCCCGGACCGGUCACUGCUGCUCGGGCUGACGCCCCCGAGAAAGGGCACGACGCCCGCGUUCGGGCCCAUAUCGACGCCGUCGGUCGAGAAGGAGUGCCGGAGUCAGCUGUCAAUUUGCUCCGAGCCGGCGGCGAUCAGUCAACGCAAUCUCUCCUGUCAAUCGAGCUUGGAACCGUGCGUACCGGAAGAGGAAAGCUCCCCCGAGUACGAUCACACCGGCGACGAGGGUAACGGCGAGGGCAGGGAGCAGAGCAAUAAAAAACAUCCCUCACCCAACCCUGCCGAACCGCUGUCUGUUGCAAAUCCUCCCCUGCGACCGGACUCACUAGUGCUCGCGUCCAAGGAGCGGGCGGCGUCCGGUGAACAGGGAAAUCAGCAGCACCAGCAACCCAACUGACAGCAGCAACCCCUGUACCGUAGCAACUCGAGCAAAAGCUUCCGCAAACCCAAACCAAAGUGUGCGAGCAAAAAGCUUAGCAACGAGUACGACCAGAUCUACGUAAUUAGCGCUGGUGCCGGUGCGCCGAACGGAAACGCGACCGGAAACAAUCGUUAUCCCAAUUUCCAGCAUCAGACGCGCCCGGCCGACGACGACCAUUACGAUUCGAUCGAGGUCAUACACGAGCGGCGCAGCAAAAACUUUAGCAAGUUUUCCAAUGCUGGCACAAGCCCGCAGGAGACGCUGGCAGACGGUGGGGGGCAAGAUAAUGCACCGGGCACAUACCUGGUGUCUUCCGGUUCGAUAGAGGGUGAAUACCGGAAGAUGGGUUCGAACGUGAUUAGCGUCGUGGCGGACAUAUCGCCGGCGCCCGCAAGCAAUAUGGCGGUGGUGGAGGUGCCUCAGCAGCAGCAAGAGUCUUCUACACAGGAUGCAUCAGAGCGGAUGAGUGGCUGCAGUAGUCCAACAGUGAAAAAACAGGAUGCGAGUGAAAGCAUUACGAGCGCGAGCGUGGAAUCCCGGUCAGAAGAGAAGGACGAAAAGCAAAACAAUAACCACACGGCGCUAUCGCAAGCGAAGGAAGAUGCUGUGCCAAAGGACGAGAAAGUAGACUCACAAUAGAGCCAAUGACGGUGUAUGGUCUAACCCGGGUCAAGCCCUUAAACGAACCGGUCCUUCUUAAUGGAGUUCCUUUCACCGCUGCCCAGGAGAACGAGUGAAGAUGGACGACCAGAACGCGACGGUGAUGUGUGUGAAAAUCGCUCGAUAAGUGUUGAAAAGUGGCUGCUUCCAACAUUACAGCAGCUUUUCGUCACCUCACCGCAGGUAAGCCGCGUCAUGGGUGGGUCUGCCCAGGGCCUGUGCUCGAUAGAUUCAAUUGCAUUCGUGCGGGGAUGUGUAGAAACGAACGAAGGAGGAAACAAGAGCUGCCCUGAGGGGCUGUGUUUGUUUGUGAGCAGGGACGAAAAGGAGCAGAUAGUUCGCGCGAUUGGUUGCUGAAAGCGCUUUUACUUCUUCACGACAGUUACAGCAUGGUGCAGCGAUAUGCUGCUGACAUAAAACACGAACCCACAUACACACACACAUGCAAUUGAGGUCGAAUGGUUGGAAUCGUUUGGUGCAGUUUUCGAUUACACCGAAUGGGAUGUUCCAGGAAUUUCAAUUUGCU